AUGGGCUAUUCGGUCGAGUCACCCAUCUUGGUGGGGUCGCGGUGUGAGGACCGCGCGCGGUGCUCUGCGGGGCCGGUGGGAGAGAGCUGUGCGGCCGCCGCAUCCUGCUUUUCCCCGCAGGUGGGCACCAACCUGACCGACAUCGUGGCCCACAGAAAGAUCACCAUCCGGGAGCUGGGCGGGUGCAUGGGCCCCAUCUGGCCCAGUUACUAUGGAAACUGCCGCUCCCUCCUGUUCAUGAUCGAUGCCUCCAACCCCACCCAGCUCUCCGCAGCCUGCGCGCAGCUCCUGGGCCUGCUCUCUGCAGAACCGCUCGCAGAAGCACAGGUCCUGAUCCUCUUCAAUAAAACUGACCUGGCCUGCUAUAUGACCGUAGAGGAGAUGAAGUCGUUAAUCAGGCUCCCAGACAUCAUUGCUUGUGCCAAGCAGAACAUCACCGUGGCAGACAUCAGUGCCCGCACGGGCACGGGCUUGACCGAGGUGCUGCGCUGGCUCCAGGACACCCACGGAGCCGGCUGACGACCAUUGGGUGGGGGGCGUGGCUGGACCGCUCUGUGGGGAGGAGGCGGAGGGCAACCCUGCUUGGCCUCUGGAGGUUUGUUCUUAGGAAGAUAAGGACCCAGCGUAAACCUAGAAGGGGGGCUUCAGUGCCGAGUUGCAGUGAUGGGUAAACUGAGGCACCCAGGGUGGAAGUCCUGACAGCCGACGUUGGAAUGAAGACUAUCCAGGGCUAGGAGAGCAGCACCGGCCCCAGACCUCAGCACCCGGAGCGGCAGGCAGGCAGGGAGAGGCCUGGUGGAGUGCGGGUGCCGCUGAGCGCAUGGUUACAUCUGCGAAGACCCUUUCUCCAAGUAAGUUCACGUUGGCACGUCCUGGGGGUCAGGCUUGAAUGUACCUUUUUGGGCCACUGUUCAGCCUCCUGUGAUUGGUAAGGAGCUGUCUGCCUGAGUGUGCUGUGACACCUUAGGCCUUGUGGUGCUUUCUGCUCUUCUCUGCACGGCCCGGGCCACUGCUGGGCGCCACCUCCCCAGGCGCCACCGAGCAGCCUGGACGCGGGCCAUCUCCACUCCUCAUUGGGGUCCUCGCAGACUCAGAGGGCUGUCAGACACCCCCCAAUUUCAGAGGACUUGAGCAAAGCCUGGUGAAAAGCGUGAAGUGUUAGAAGACUGGGCUGUAAGUCAUCAGCUCUUCAGCUAAGAGUGUGCGACUCAGAAAGCGGGCAGCACCGGGUGAGCUCUAGGGCCCGCCUGCAGGGCAGCAGCAGGCGGGAAGCUCCCCCUUUCACUGUAAAAUCUGAAUUAUGUAAACCGCGUUCUCUGUAUUCAAAAAAUGAAUUAAAACAGCAAAAAUGGCAACUUAAAGCCUGAAAACACAAAA